AUGCUUUUAGCCGUUAUUGCUACAUGGCUAUCAGUGGUAGUACAUUGCUACAUGAUCCAUUUUAUUGAUUAUAGUAGCGCCAUAGAUGGCGUAUGGGAAACAUUCAGACCAAUAGUAGUCGGCUCCAAUCUGUCAAUAUGGCUAUACCGAAUCAACUUCAUCCUCGAUCUCUGUCUCAUAAAGACAUCGAUACUACUAUUCUAUGACCACAUCGCCGCGUCAAAUAAGCGCUUCCGAUACGUUGUUCGCGGAUUGCUCGCCAUAAUAAUCUGCGGCGGAAUAUCCCAGAUUAUCGCGUCCAUUCUUAUGUGUACUCCGAUCACAGAUGCCUUCUCAUAUGAUGUAUGGUACCGCGCUUGGGUCCUGCACGACUUCAAUGUCAAGUGUUACAACCCAAAUCCGUUUUGGCUCUUCAUCGCGGUUUACAACCUCACUACGGAUGUAAUCAUCUGGACGCUACCAAUGAUAUUCUUCCUGAAUAUCUCUACGUUGCCACUGCGACGCCGUCUCGAACUGAUCGCCAUCUUCUCCGUCGGUAUCAUAGCCGUGAUAUCUUCCGCCUUUCGACUCCACACUACCGUCCUUUGGCUGUCAGGCAUCCAGCAACAACAGCUAAGCACACCAGAUCUUCUGUUGUGGAGCCAGGUAGAGCAGAAUCUCGGUAUCAUCGCGGCCUCCGUUCCCUUUCUCCGACCACUAUUUCGCAAAGCGCUAGGCAAGGCAAGGAGCAGAGAACAGCCAAGUCCUGGUCCAGGGUUGCCUUUAGUUGGCCACCCGGCCAUGUUCAGGACGCCAAUCAUUCCAUCCCCUAGCCCGACAUUCGACAGGUGUAGUCGGGAGUUCAGGCCACCGAGGAAUGAUAGGAACAACGCAACGUCUAUCCUGACGCCAAUGGCGCAGGACACCUACUGGGGCACCUUUGAGGACAUCUCCACGUACAAUGUACAGCUCAACUACCUCGAGAAGAUGUGGAUGGCCUGGUACGCAUGGAUGGGCAACGACGUCCUGGCGACAGGAAUCAUGUCCUUUGUCAUCCACGAGGCCUUUUACUUCGGACGCUCGCUUCCCUGGAUCAUCAUCGACUGCAUACCUUUUUUCAACCGCUACAAGAUCCAAGCUCACAAAGUCCCCUCUGCUUGGGAACAAACACAAUGCGCUCUCCUCGUCCUCCUCUCCCACUUUACCGUCGAGCUUCCUCAGAUCUGGCUGUUCCACCCCAUGUGCCAAUACUUCGGUCUCGAGACCUCGGUUCCUUUCCCUAGCAUCUACAAGAUGGCUUACCAGAUCGCCAUCUUCUUCGUCUUCGAGGACGCAUGGCACUACUGGGCCCACCGUGCCAUGCACGCCAGCUCUUUCCUUUACAAGAACAUCCACAAGAUCCACCACCAAUACUCUGCUCCCUUCGGCCUCGCUGCUGAAUACGCCUCGCCCAUCGAAGUUAUGAUCCUGGGUUUCGGUUCCGUUGGUGUGCCCAUUGUCUUCUGCGCCAUCACCAAGGACCUCCACAUCCUGACCAUGUACGUCUGGAUCAUCUUCCGUCUGUCCCAGGCCAUCGACGCCCACAGCGGUUACGAGUUCCCAUGGAGUCUGCACCACUUCCUGCCCUUCUGGGCCGGCGCCGAGCACCACGACGUUCACCACGAGAAGUUCAUCGGUAACUACGCCAGCAGCUUCAGGUGGUGGGACUUUGUCCUUGACACCGAGGCUGGUGCUGAGGCUUCCAAGAAGCGACGAGAGCGCAAGUUGGCCGCUGCCAAGGCUAAGAAGGCCAUGUAA